CUAAAAGGGGCGGGCCUACUGGGCCAGGUAAGGUGAGGAGCCGAGGCUGCGCAGACCAGGUGGGCAGCACGUCGGAGCUGUUAGCGGCGCCGAGAUGGACAGCGAGGGCCGGAAAGUGGUGGUCUGCGACAACGGGACCGGGUUUGUCAAAUGCGGCUUUGCGGGCUCCAACUUCCCCGAUCACAUCUUUCCCGCCAUGGUGGGUCGCCCAGUUAUUCGAUCCACCACCAAAGUGGGCAACAUUGAGAUCAAGGACCUGAUGGUGGGCGAUGAGGCCAGCGAGUGCCGCUCCUUGCUGGAGGUGGCCUACCCCAUGGAGAACGGCAUGGUGCGCUGCUGGGACGACAUGCUCCACUUGUGGGACCACACCUUCGGACCCGAGAGGCUGGACAUCGAGCCGUCCCGCUGCAAGAUCCUGCUGACGGAACCUCCCAUGAACCCGACGAAGAACCGCGAGAAGAUCGCCGAGGUUAUGUUUGAGACCUACCAGUUCCACGCCAUCUACGUGGCCAUCCAGGCUGUGCUCACGCUGUACGCUCAAGGCCUGCUGACCGGUGUGGUUGUGGAUUCCGGAGACGGUGUCACUCACAUCUGUCCGGUGUACGAAGGCUUCUCCUUGCCGCAUCUGACGCGCAGGCUGGACAUUGCUGGGCGUGACAUCACACGUUACCUCAUCAAGCUGCUUCUGCUACGCGGCUACGCCUUCAACCAUUCGGCCGACUUUGAGACGGUGCGCAUGCUGAAGGAGAAGUUGUGCUACGUGGGAUACAACAUCGAGCAGGAGCAGCGCCUCGCCACGGAAACCACCUACCUGGUGGAGUCCUACACGCUCCCCGACGGCCGGGAGGUGAUGGUGGGGGGCGAGCGGUUCAGCGCCCCGGAAGCGCUCUUCCAGCCCCACCUGAUCAACGUGGAGGGGGCGGGCGUUGCUGAGCUCCUUUUCAACACCAUCCAGGCGGCUGACAUCGAUCUCAGGGCAGACUUCUAUAAACACAUCGUCCUGUCUGGGGGGAGCACCAUGUACCCCGGGCUCCCGUCCCGACUGGAGCGAGAGAUCAAGCAGCUCUACUUGGAGAGGGUUCUGGAUGGAGACAUACACAAGUUGGCUAAGUUCAAGAUUCGCAUCGAGGACCCACCGCGCCGCAAACACAUGGUGUUCCUGGGCGGCGCCGUGCUGGCCAACAUCAUGAAGGACAAAGAAUCCUUCUGGCUGACCAGGGCCGAGUACCAGGAGAGCGGCCUUGGCGUGCUGCAGAAAUUGGGAGGCGACGUCAGAUAAUGUCAACUUGGGUCAAACAUACAAUAUGACUUAUGAGUCUUUGGCUAUUAUUUUUCUAUGUGGGUGACGUUAUAUCAAUACUUAGUAAAUAACAGGUGAUCCAAUUCGUAAUGUAGUUAAUGGAAAAACAAAAACUAUGAUUUGCUCGCUAAACAUCCCAAGUAAAUUAUAGUGGCCAUGCCAUGUUGUUGUUUUUAUUUACUCUGAUUAGAUUGAAACAAUGACAUUUUCUGUUCCUAUAGCUUUCAAACAGUGCUUCUCAAUUUUCUGUUAUUUUUAUUAUCAUGUUCCCUGAGUCCACCCCCCCCUGCACUAUUUAAAGACUCGUUUAAAAGUGCCCCCUGGUGGCCUAAACGAACAAUCGUGA